UUAUUUUAUUUUUUUAGCAGGCUGCAAAUUUAUUUGUAAACCGGUACUUAACCAGGGCCGGAUUUAACCUGUUAUAUUAGGGUGGGCUGGUAGAAAUAACAGGUGUGUGGAGUUUGCAGAGAAAAACGACUGGCUUGGUUUUCAAGUGUGCAAAAACAACUUUAAUCGAGCAGAUCGCUCUGGAAAACAUGCAAUCAGACUGCCACGUCAGGAAGCUCUCCUCUCCCUCGCUAAACCCCCGGCUUAUCUCUACCUCCCGGCUGACGCGUCACCUGUCAGGUGCAUGAAUGGAAUUGCUUGUGAGGCGCUGGCAUCUCGCCCCGGUGCUGGCACUGCUGCUGGUGCUGGUGCAAUGGGCGUGGCCAUGCGUCUGUUUGACGGUUGAAUUUCCAAGCAAGCGGCCGCUCAGCGUGGCAUUGAGCCGGACCCUGGUUCUGAGGGCGACGAUCAAAAAGACACCAGAGGAGAGGGUGCUGGAUCCAGAGUGGAGCAUGGUGGAAGGUCAGACUGGGUCAAAGUUCAGAGUUUACCCCCCCGCCCGGAAUGCCCGUGUGUCCGUCGAACAGGACGGACUAACACUGAGGGUGCUUAAUCUCACCAAGGAGGACUUCGGAAAUUACACCAUAACCGUCACGGACGACGCUGGACGUCAGGCGUCCGCCCAUCGAAUCGUGACAGAGAGCGAAGUCGCACCCAGAGUGUCAAUCCCUCUUCUCUGUGAGGUAUCCCAUGAUUCUGAGCAGUGGGACAUUCCCAAGUUUGUGUGGCUGGCGGACGGGGUUGAAGUGCCAAGCUCGGCCCAAAAUCUCUCGGCCGACGGCAGUAAGCUGUAUCCAUUUGAGACCUGCGUGCGCAAUUACACGUGCACCGUAAGCAGCAGUUUGGGGACCAGCUCAAACCACUUCUACAACACAAGCUGUGAUACAAAUCCGGACAAACCGGAGACCGGAGGCCAUGAUUGUACCACACCGUGGGUGCUGUUUUCUUUUGCCAUCCUGGUAUCAGUCGCUGUGUGCUUUUACUGCAUUUGGAGAGAACGGAAACGCAGGAAUCCCAGAGGAGGAUGAUGCCUGACGACACUGGGCUUCGCUUGAAACUAUUCAGGAAUUCCAUCUGAUGUCUGAGUGGAUGUCUGAGCAGAUGUCUGACUAGAGCUCUCGGUUUCUGUUGCGGACUUCUCUUCACGGACACCAUUCUUGCAGCAAUGUGUAGAGCUCACCAUUUACCGGGAGUUCAGCUUCCGUGUUUUUUGGGGGAAUACGUCUCCAGUUUUGUUCUGAUUCUCUGUUUUUUUU